UAGCUACUAAGUGCCUGCUUCAUUUAAUUGUCCAAAGGCCAGUUGGUCCCAGAGCAUAUGAAGCUGCAAGCUAGCUAAUGAGCUCAUUCUCCUGAGCACAGUGGCACGGUCAGGGUGCUGGGUUCCCGGGGAGCAAGGAUGCAGAACAGAACUGGCCUCAUUCUCUGCACUCUUGCCCUUCUGACAGGUUUCCUGAUGGUCUGCCUGGGAGCCGCCUUCAUUUCCUCUGUCUCCAUGUUGAACCAUCAGGAGAAACUCAUCCCAGCCUACAUGCUUCUGUCUCUGGGGUUCGUGAUCCUUCUGAGUGGAACUUUCUGGAGCACCUACUGCCAAGCGAGUGAAAGCAAAAAGGUGUUCAGUCAUGUGCUUGGACAACACCUUGCUCGUGGGGCCCCAACCCUGGCCACAGUAGACAGGCCAGAUUUUUACCCUCCAGCUUAUGAAGAGAGCCUUGGUGCGGAGAAACAGACCUGUUCUGUGGAGGGAGAGGCCUCUGGCAUUCCUCCACCUCUAUACACAGAGACAGGCCUGGAAUUCCAGAAUGAAAAUGACGCUUACCCAGAAGCCCCUCCAUCCUACGCAGAGUGCAAAAUCUGCAGCCAACCUGGCGGCUGCAGUGACAUCAAAGAAUGCUGAGAGGCAAAGCCGAGGAAGGCAGGAAAGCUCUCCAGCACUCGGGACGCACCCUAUCAGAAUCACCUGCUAAUCAUAAAGGCAGGCAAGGGACUGGGAGCAAAAGCCACAUCAGGGACCUUGCAGGAGAGCUCACCAAUUCUGCACACGUGCUUAGCCAUCAAAGUGCAGUGUGGGGGCCCUGCAAGGGUGUGGCUGCACCAAGCAGACAUCUCAGGGGAUUCCCUCUGAUCCCAGCCCAGGCAAGCAUCGGGACUACAAAGGUGUUGGUGGGAGAGCUCUGCUCACAGAAGGCUUUCUGCUCUCGCUCAACUCCCCUCCCACCACCCCAGAUGGGGAGGAACAGAUGCUGCUUGCCAGGACAGCCACGGGCCUUCAUGUACACCUUACCUAAAAAUCACAACGAGACAGUUCCAUGUUUAAUAUGUAGGCUGCUCAGCAUUUCAUUAGCUGGUUUUAUAGUAACCUCUCCUGGCCAGAGUGACAUCCUGAAAGAUAUGGCCUUGGAGCUCAUGAAUGUUAUUUUGUAUCACCUUAUUUUAAUUAUGUAUAUAUUUUUUUCUAUGUGAAGGCAAAAUGAUGGUAAUGUUCACUUUCAAAAUGGUUCAAACACAAAAUGUUAAUAAGCUAUUUUUUAAAAAGGUCCUCAUACAAGCAGACAUGAUAAGAGUUCUCAUAGAUGCUCAUUGAAUAGAACAGAAUUCAUAAUACACAGAAUUCAGAGGGGGAAAGAAUUUGUACUAGCCAUAGAUGGUCUGAUGUAAAUCUUGUGAGAUUUUAAAAAUAUUUGUAUGUAAUUCAAAGGAUCUCCCUGUAAAUCUCUAGAAUUUGCAAGACAAGAGACUCUCAAGAUGUAUUUUCCUCAUCAACAGGAAAUUCUUUACGUCUCAAGAUAUAGAUCUUGACUUUUAGACUUGGGACAUGUAUUUUAUUAUUAUUUUUUUUUAUUGUUAAAUCAUAGCUGUGUACAUUAGUGCAUUCGCCUGUACUCAUUCUAAGAUGCACCAUAGAUAUGGCCCCACCCAUUACCCUCCCUCCACCCUAACCUCCCCCCUCCCUUUCCCUUCCUUGGCCCUUUCCCCAUAGUCUUGUGCUAUAGUUGGGUUAUAGUCUUCAUGUGAAAUUUAUUUUAAAACCUAAUGAUUCCUCCUUAACUUUCCUAUAUUUUACUGUAUUUCUAAUACAAGAAGCCAAGUCAGGUGGCAAGGUGGUGGAAAGAGAUGCAGCCCAAUGCUUCUGAACUUGAACGAGAGUCUACCCCGGCCUCACUUCCUCCUGCUUCAGGUGAGGCAUUUGUGCUGGGCUAAAACCUAGCAGUUAUGGAAUGCCUUUUAUAGGGCAGGUUUUGUGCUACAGACUUUUCAUGCAUGUUAUUUAGCUCUCAUUCACAUUCAAUUGUUAAGAGAUAGGAGCUAUGAUUAUUCCCACUUUACAGAUGCAUAAAACUGAGACUUGGAGAAGUUACUUGUCCAAUAAAAUAACAUGCAAUGCCUUCCAGGAAAGUGAAGAAGCUCCUUAGAAAGAAAUUGGAGGAUCUACUUACUUUGUCCUUUUGUGAUAAGCUAGCUCUGUCUCAUUUCCCUCGUUCCAGGGAGCAAUUUGGAUUUCUCUUCCUUUUCAGAAGAUGGGCUCUACUAGAAAGUAGAGUCCCAGGGAUUGCUGUAAUAUCUUAAAACCCUUGGAGCAGCAGAGGUGGUUGCUUUAGGGUUGUUUAAAAUAUAAAUAAACCCUCCAUGUUUUCUGCUAGGAGCUGGGCCCUUGCCUUGCAGUGCAGUUUCUCUUAAACUGAUCACUAUAUGGAUGAUAAGUAUGAUUCCUAAUGGAUGACAGCCCAUGACAAAUGGGCACAGGAAGGGCUUGGGACAGUUGGAGGGACAGAUGUGCCUCCUUCACGGAGGAAGAGAGCAAACCAGAUGGAAUGGGGCCUCUUAGUUGGCCUCCUCUUCCCCACACCGCUGAGUGGGUAGAUUAACCAGAUCCUGACAAAUACACAAAAAGCCACAUAAAAGGAAAUCCUACUCCACGAAGCAUGAAUUUGAGAAUAUGUGAUUUGAAUUCUUGACAUCAAGGAAGUCACUGAAGAUGAAGGUCAUUCACGGCUGCCCAAUAAGAAGUUGGCCAUUCAUUGCUAAUGCCAUAUUUAUCCCUGUGCCAUUUCUUUCUGUCCCUUUCCUAAGACAGUUAUCCGGAAAUUUUGCCUGGUGGUCUGAGUACAUUCACCAACCUGAACAGCAGUAUCUUGGGCUUUCUUACAGAUUUUGCACUAGUAAAAGGUAGUUUUUCCAACUAUUGGUAUCAGGUAAAACAAAUGUUAAUUUUGGUUUCUAUAAAAAAUGGCUUUAAUCUGCUGUAAUAAGUUAAUAAAUUUUUUACUUAAACUUUCA